UGGAAGCUUGCAACUGGCGCGUAUUUACUCACUAGUCGGCCAGAUCACCAGUGGCCUUUUAUUCCGUCAAAAAUGAAUGCCGUGAUGGAGGAAAACACGAGAUUGAGUGACGAUUAUCCCGAGGAUUCCGGAGAAUAUUCGCCUCCUGAAAGCAAACGAAUGAAAUUAGAUGACGGGUGCAACAAUAAUUUAAACAGUACGCUGAAUAGUGAAUCAAAAAGUGGGCGAAGGUGGUCCUACCGCGGCGACACGAGUCUCGUGGAGCCAGAAGUGCUGGUGGAUCUGGGAGUUAGUAUGCUGGAUGACGAUGCAAGUUCGGAGAGUUUAAAAAAACCGUCUCAGGAUGAAGCGACAUCAUCUCCUGAUGAAAGCAGCUCAGAGUCCAGUCGCCAGUUCCCUGAAAAUGGAACCACUGACUUGGAUGAUAAAAAUAAAAUAUAUAAAUCUAGUAGUUUUGAUACAAUAGAUAGGUUGGAUCAAGACUCUUACCAUUCAGAAGAUCCAGCUGUGUAUAGUACCACGGGUAACGAGUCUGGGUAUUCGUCGCGCAUUGGCAAUGAAGUGUUUGCAGACAAACAGAAUUACAGCAAAAAUGAGUCGAGUAGUUUGUUGAACACGAGCGACGCUGAUCAGUAUUAUCUGUACAGGCGAAAAAAAAGACCCUCUAUUGUAGGUGAAGAUGAGUUCAACAAACUGUCCGAUGAGAUGGUGUUGAUGAUAUUCAAAUGGCUACCAAAGAAGUGCUUGGUGCGUUCAAUGUCAGUCUGCAGACGGUGGUGCCAAAUAGCAAGAGAUGAGGCUCUGUGGACUAGGCUAGAUCUCAGCAGCAAGGUCCUCGCCGAGGGUACUCUAGGACACAUUUUGCCGCGAGGAGUCCAAAUGCUCAGGCUGGCUCAAGCUGAACUGUCCGGUCCGUUAUUUGGUUCUGGAUCAUUAGUCCUGUGUGAGGAUUACUCCAGUAAAUUACAGUACCUGGAUCUUUCAAUGGCUGUUAUUUCUCCGGAUGGUCUUACAGAUCUUAUUGAUAAGUGUCGACUGUUGAAGAAGUUGUCACUGGAAAAGUGUACGUUGAAUCAAGCCAGUUGCGAAGCUAUAAGUAAAAAUAAUGAUAUUAAUACUCUUAAUUUAACUAUGUGCGAAGGUAUUAAUAUUGAAGGUGUCAAACAUUUAAUUAAGUUAAAAAAUUUAACUGCGUUAAAUAUAUCAUGGUGUUCAUUAGACUCUGAAUCAGUAGGAAUACUUUGCAAAUCUCUACCUCCUUCCAUUGACAGAUUGAAUCUUGCCGGCUGUAGAAAAACAAUUACUGAUGAAGAUGUAAAAAUACUAACAGACUCAUGCUCUAAUUUAGUAGAACUCGAUUUAAGUGAUUGUACAUUGCUCACAAUAAUUUCCGUCCAAAGUAUUUUGAGUCUUUCGAAGCUCGAACAUUUAUCACUAAGCCGCUGCUACAGUAUUUCACCUUCUUCAUACGUAAGACUCGCCUACAUGCCGUCACUCAGCUUCCUGGAUGUGUUUGGUUUGAUGUCAGAGCCGAUGUUCAAAAACUUACAAAAUAAUUCGUCUGGUACUGAAAUAAAUAAAUUUUUAUACAGCUCUAUUGCGAGACCCACUGUCGGCGUGCGUAGAACAAGCAUAUGGGGUCUUCGCGUAAGAGAUUGAAUUUAUUUUUUAAUACUAAUAGAAACUGAUUUAUUAAUUAUCUACUUAAUGAUGAAGGGCAUCGAUUAUUUAAUAUCAGCCCGUAGUUCAGUUGUCGGCUAUGUUUUUGUGACCGAUAUCGUCUAGACUGAAUAUUGUUGAUUUGAUUGUAAAAAAAGUAGGCUUAAUUAUUCUUUUUUUUUUUUUUUUUUUUUUUUUUUUAUAUUUCAACAGUUACUCGAAAUCCAAUUAUGUGUUCAGUUUUAAUUGAAGUAUAUCAGCAUAAAUAAUUUUUAAAUAAUUAAAAGCUUUUACGGGGCUGUGUGACAAUCAUUUUCAAUUUUUUUUUUUUAUUUUUAGAAUCAUUUUUUAAUUGAUCACAAAUACCAAUUUAUUUAUUAAAAACAAGCAUUUACCUCAUUACUUAAAAACAUCGCAUUAUUUAAUUAAUAUUGUAUUUAGUAAUUUAUAAACUUCUCGCAAUUAUUUUAAAGAAGA